AUACUUUGUAUAUCUUCAUCAGAUUCUGUACAAAAUAAAUCAUGAGCUGCAGUAUGCUCGUAAAGAUUUGGAGGAGGCUCUUAAACAUGCUGGGGGUGACAUACUGGCGGCCAGAAAGAGGGUCAUGUGGCUGGAGGAUCGUAUGGGAACAUUGUGCGGAAAAGUUCGUCUCAGGGGCCAGCCUGUUUCUCAGAGGGUGUCACAUCGGACCAGAGGCUCUACUGAUCGUGGUCAGCUGACCCUGACCUUUAGAUCAGACAGUGAUGUCAGCGAUGAAGAAGACAGAUUCCCAAGACAGAAGUCCCUACCUCCGAUUCGCCAGACACAGGAUGUUGACUCUGAUGAGGAGGACAACAGGGGGAGGGGCAUGGCAGGUGGGAGGGGCCGGAUGGUGGAAACACCCUCCAUCAGUGGAUCCGAGGAUUUCCAGGAUAUGCAAAUUAGGCGACCCGGAAUGAUGUACACUCCUUCCUCAGAGGCAAGUUCCUCCAUCUCCCCUGUUAAAAUGGGAAUGAUGCAGCACCGUGGGCCACGGUAUGACUCUGAUGAUUCUGAUGAUGAGGAUUCCAGCCCUCAGCCCAGUCCGAUCCCCAAGAAAGGACCGGUGACAGCAGAGGAGAAGAGGGAAUCCAGCGAAGGAGGGUCGGAGGCAGAGGACCACAUUGGGGAACUGCCCACCAUGUUUAGCAGGGGCAACCGGGAGAUUAGUGCCCCCCUAAGGCAUUCUUCACCAGAGAUGGUCUCCCUGCCCAAACCGGUUGUGGAGGAACAGCCAAUGGUUAAGGAGGAUCAGCAGCCUCAAGAAGAAUCUGAAGAAAAGGUUGAGGAAAAAGAGGAGGCAGAGGUGAAGGAAUGGAGGAAAAGGCAGGGGAGGAGGCUCCAAAGGAGGAAACCUCGGAGGAAACUGUGCCAGGGGAAGGAACUGAGAAUGCCCCACAGGAAAAGACUUUUAUAACUGAGGUGUCUGUGGCCACCAAUAAAAGUCGGGUCACCAUUGUGUCUCCCAAGAGAGAGGACACUCGACAAGUUAGUCAGAUUGCCAUAAGUU